AUGGCGGUGCCGGUGUUCAACCUGGCUCCGAAUCUGACGGUUUCAAGGCUCUGCUUGGGAACCAUGACUUUCGGCGAGCAAAACACGCUGCCGGAGUCGUUUCGGCUCAUGGACCAAGCUUACCACGCCGGAAUCAACUUCUUCGACUCUGCGGAGAUGUACCCAGUGGUUCAGCGAGCCCAGACUCAGGGGAGGAGCGAGGAGUAUCUAGGCCGUUGGAUCAGAGACCGCAACAUUGCUCGUGACAGCGUCGUUUUGGCCACCAAGGUGACUGGACCUUCUGGGCAGAUGACUUGGAUAAGAGAUGGACCCAAGUGCUUGGAUGCUGGGAAUAUCACUGCGGCUAUUGAGGGCAGUUUACGGCGAUUGCAGACGGAUUACAUUGAUCUUUAUCAGAUACAUUGGCCUGAUCGAUAUGUCCCGAUGUUUGGAGAAAAUGAAUAUGAUCCAACUAGGCAAUUUGGUUCGAUUCCAAUAGAGGAACAGCUUGAUGCUCUUGGUAGAGCUGUUGAUGCUGGUAAGGUCAGAUAUGUUGGUCUCAGUAAUGAAACAGCAUAUGGUGUAAUGAAGUUUCUUCAGGUGGCAGAAAGAGGCACUGGCAUUCCAAAGAUUGUAUCUGUGCAGAACUCAUACAGCUUGCUAUGUCGAACUUUUGAUUCUGGAUUGGCUGAGUGCUGUCAUCAUGAAAGGGUCAGUUUAUUAGCUUACAGCCCUCUUGCAAUGGGUAUACUCUCUGGGAAGUACUUUUCACCGGAAGGGGGCCCUUCAGAUGCUCGGUUGAACCUUUUCAGAGGAAAGUAUUCAGAAGGGGAGUCUAGAUACAACUUGUCUGAUCCCUCCAUAAGAGCAGCAAGCAUGGAGUACAUUCAUAUUGCAGAAAAGCACGGCCUACAUCCAGUAUCUCUUGCAAUUGCCUUCGUGUUGAGUCACCCUCUGGUAGCAAGUGUCGUCUUUGGAGUAACCCAGUCAUGGCAACUUCAGGAAGUUCUUGAUGCAUGCAAGGUGGAGCUCACACCUGAGAUAGUUGUGGAAAUCAACAAGGUUCACAAAAGGUUUCCUAAUCCCUGUCCCUGAUCAAACCUCAUGCCAUCCAACUUCUAAAAUUUUACCUCAACAGCUGAAAUGGAUCCAUAUGACAUUCUGGUCCACCCCGAAUCAUGCCAUUGGUAUGAAAUCUUGUAGAAUCUAUUGACCUUGUGCGAUACAAUUCAGGUGGAGCUGCGAGACAAGCAUGUGCAAUGCUAGAGGUGAAAGAACAAUGAAAACAUGGGGUGUCGGGUACAAUUUGAGCAGAAGCAUGUAUUGAUAUGUUGCUAUCAGUCUUUUUUGUAGUGGCAAAUAAAAGGGGUCCUUGAGGGCUUGAAUUAUUGGUUGAGACAUGAAUCUAAUGAUGGUGACACCUUUAAGUGUAGGGUUGUCCCUUUUUAACAUCCUUUCUGCCCAAUUUCCAUAAAUCUGGGGACACUGGUGUGAAAGAGAAAAGAAUGUAGUUGAAUAUCAAAGAAUGUGUCAAUGUUGAA